AUGGCCCCAGCCCCAAUCGACCCGAGCAUCAUUAAUGUUGCCGAGCCGCGAAAGGACACCCUCGGUCUUCCGGCCACGGCCCGCGAGAGACUCGAAAAGGGCACAGUUGACCUCUCGAAUGGAUAUCCCUAUCGCCCUUCUCGUCCUCUCUACUUAGACGAUGUUUACCGGAUCCGCGACUAUGACCGCCAACACAUUGAUCCCGGUACUCGUGCCGAUCCGGAGAAGAAAGCCCUUCUUUCCGCUGCGAAGGAAGUGGUCCACUUGACAAAGCACAUAGGGACCGAGAUCGUAGGGCUGCAGCUGAAAGACUUGACUGACCAGCAGAAAGAUGAGCUGGGCCUGCUGAUUGCCGAACGCAGCGUCGUGUUCUUCCGCGAUCAGGACAUCUCACCGCAGGAGCAGAAGAAACUCGGCGAGUGGUACGGCGAGAUUGAAGUUCAUCCUCAAGCCGCUCAAGUCCCCGGUGUUCCUGGUGUGACGGUCAUGUGGCCUGCUCUGCAGGCAACCGAAAUACCAGCCAGUUUUCGUCGUCCGGGAGGCGCCUCUCGAUGGCACACAGAUCUUGUCCAUGAGCGGCAGCCAGCCGGCGUGACACACCUUCAUAAUGAUACGGUUCCAUCCAUUGGGGGUGAUACCCUCUGGGCCAGCGGUUACGCUGCUUACGAGAAGCUCUCCCCUGCGUUCCGCAAGAUCAUCGAUGGGCGGACAGCCGUCUACCGCUCCGCUCAUCCGUACCUUGACCGUAAUGACCCUGAAGCUGGGCCUAAGUAUGUUGAGCGUGAACAUCCACUUGUGCGCGUCCAUCCAGCAACUGGUUGGAAGGCACUGUGGGUUAAUCGAGCCAUGACGGUUCGCAUCGUUGGGCUCGACAAGGCUGAAAGCGACCUAAUUCUGGGAUAUUUAUAUGAUGUGUUUGAGAAGAAUGUUGAUAUCCAGGUGAGGUUCAAGUGGACUCCUCGUAGUAGUGCACUAUGGGAUAAUCGCUGGGAUUAUGAAGGUUCUGAGCCACGGCAUGGCACGCGGGUUACUGCACUAGCUGAGAAGCCGUUUUUUGACCCCAAGGCUAAGAGCCGCAGAGAGGCGUUGGGUCUGCUGGGGAAGGAGGAGAUUGAGGAGCUGGAGCGAUUAAAGCUUGAGCAGUAG